AUGUCGUCAUCAACAUUCCCACCAGAAGAGCUCAGGGCCAUCGUGCAAGAAGCAGCCGGUGGAUUGAUCUCUGCAACGCUGCUUUCGUUUCCAGGCGCAUCCAAAUACUACAAAGGUGGCCUGACUCUCUACACGCUCGAGUCACGGAUCGCAUUCGCAGGCUGGACGCCCCAGCACAUUGAGAACUACAAAGGUCCCACGCCGGAAAUAGUCUCCGGGCUUGCAGAGCAUACGCGUAAGACAUUGGGGAGCACGUAUACCGUCAGCGAGAGUGGAACCGCUGGGCCAACAGGUGGCACGACCAGAAACCGCACACCAGGAUAUGUGGCGCUCGCUAUUGCGAGGGAUGGGGGCGAGACUGUGACGAGAGAAGUGGAGACUGGAAGCAGUGAUCGAGAAGGGAACAUGCAGCGAUUCGCGGUCGAGGGCUUGAAGCUCGUAAGAGAUGUGAUUAAGGGCGAGAAAAAGCUCUAA